CCUUACAAACGUUCCCCAAUAAAAUCUAACCAUGUCUGGCCGUGGAAAGGGAGGAAAGGUAAAGGGAAAGGCAAAGUCCCGUUCCAACCGUGCCGGUCUUCAGUUCCCUGUUGGCCGUAUUCAUCGUCUCCUGCGCAAGGGUAACUAUGCCGAGCGCGUCGGUGCCGGAGCACCCGUGUAUCUGGCAGCCGUCAUGGAAUACUUGGCCGCUGAAGUGCUUGAGUUGGCCGGAAACGCUGCCCGUGACAACAAGAAGACGCGCAUCAUCCCGCGUCAUCUGCAGCUGGCCAUCCGCAACGACGAGGAGUUGAACAAGCUGCUGUCCGGAGUAACCAUCGCUCAGGGUGGUGUGCUGCCCAACAUUCAGGCCGUGCUGCUGCCCAAGAAGACCGAAAAGAAGGCUUAAACUGUGUAACAAAGCUUCCUUCAUCUCAAACCCAAAACCGUCCUUUUCAGGGCGACAAAUAACUUUGCCAAAGACAUUUUAUUCGAUUCAUGGUGCUAUGGGACUACCAGAAGUAAGAACAUUUUCUAAUAUAGAACGGUGCUUGAAAGUGUGCACAAAAUGUAAAUGAAAAAAUGUACCUUCCCAUGGCACAAAAAGCAUCAUUUACUGUUUUCAAUUCUCUAACCCUGCGAA